GAGCGGCUGGUACUUAACGCCUGGCGUCUGGUCGCUGUUACAGCAGCAGUGCGAGUGUGUACACCGAAUGAACGACGACAAAAAGGGAUACUGGGUCUAUCACCUCGCCAUACAGUCACCUAUUUAUCUGCAGUGAACUGAAGGAUAUUUCGUCCGAGUCAGAGCAUGUGAAUGCAGCGCCCACUGUUCAUCGAUAUAAUGCACUGCAACUCCGAGAGGUCCCAACAUUUCAAGAGAAGACGAAAGCCUUAUUUGGAAAUCUUAUGGACGAAGAAAUGAGUCGCCAGACUGCCACCGCGCUGCCCACAGGAACCUCCAAGUGCCCCCCCUCCCAGCGCGUGCCCACCCUGUCAGGCACCACUGCCUCCAACAGCGACCUGGCCAGCCUGUUUGAGUGCCCUGUCUGUUUCGACUAUGUCCUACCCCCCAUCCUGCAGUGCCAGUCUGGACACCUGGUAUGCUCCAACUGCCGGCCCAAGCUCACCUGCUGCCCCACCUGCCGAGGCCCCCUGGGCUCCAUCAGGAACCUGGCCAUGGAGAAGGUGGCCAACUCUGUCCUCUUCCCCUGCAAGUACGCCUCAUCGGGCUGCGAAGUCACGCUGCCUCACACCGACAAGACGGAGCACGAAGAGCUGUGCGAGUUUCGGCCGUACUCGUGCCCCUGCCCCGGCGCCUCCUGCAAGUGGCAGGGCUCCCUGGACGCAGUCAUGCCUCAUCUGAUGCACCAACACAAGUCCAUCACCACACUGCAGGGGGAGGACAUUGUGUUCCUGGCCACGGACAUCAACCUGCCGGGCGCCGUGGACUGGGUGAUGAUGCAGUCGUGUUUCGGCUUCCACUUCAUGCUGGUGCUGGAGAAGCAGGAGAAGUACGACGGCCACCAGCAGUUCUUCGCCAUCGUGCAGCUCAUCGGCACGCGCAAGCAGGCGGAGAACUUCGCCUACCGGCUGGAGCUCAACGGGCACCGGCGCCGCCUGACCUGGGAGGCCACGCCGCGCUCCAUCCACGAGGGCAUCGCCACGGCCAUCAUGAACAGCGACUGCCUCGUGUUCGACACGUCCAUCGCACAGCUGUUCGCCGAGAACGGCAACCUGGGCAUCAACGUCACCAUCUCCAUGUGCUAGGAACUUUUGAAGAAAAAGAGGGUCAAAAAAGUAACAGAUGGUCAGGGGGCAUUUUUUUAAGGGGGUCAAAUCCGUUGUGACCUCACAGCGCCUCUCCCCCCCCCCCCACCCCCCUCUCUGCCUCACCCCUUGAGACGUGGAACUGGACUGUCUGAUCGGGCAGCCGUGGAGCCCCAGGGGGUGGGAUGGAUGGAUGAGUGGAUGGAUGGAUGAGUGGAAGGAUGAGUGGAGGAAUGAAUAAACCCAAGAACAUAACCGUGUAGUGAUGGCUAUAGACU